AUGCAAAACGGGACCAGACUCAACCUGAUAAAGCCCGAGGCUGAGACGACUCUGAGGGCUCCAGGGCGAGCAACGCGGGGGCGGCCUUCAUCGCGGGCCUUCGCCAGCCCCCCCCCCCCGCCCCGGACGGGCCUCAGUCUCCCGGCCUCUGAAAUGGGAGCGGCAGCGCGGGGACGGCCCCCUGGGAAGCGCCUGCAGCCGCCCAGGCAGCCCGAGUCCUCCUCCCGGGCAGGGGCAGGGGCAGGGGCGCCCCUGGCCGCCGGACCCCGCGCAGCGCCCCCUCCGGGCCCAGAACGGCCCUCGGCGCUGCCCUGCGCUUCGGCUGCCGCCCCCCCCCCCCGCGCCCCUUCCCCGAUCUCACCCCCGCCGUCCCCGGCCGCCCGGCCCUUUGGGCGGGAGAUGCUGGCGGGGCCCCGGCGGGCAGGAGGCCCCGGGGCCGCGCCGAGGGGAGCCGCGCCGAGCCCGGGAAGGGCGCCUCGGAACCGGGAGGGCCGGCGCGGAGCCCGGCCGGGAGCGGGGGAGCGCGCCGAUGCUGUAGGACCGCCCGGCCGCGCCUUUGUGCCGCGCGACCCCCGCCGCAGACACGCCCCGGGCGGGCGCACAAAGGGAGGCCGCCGGCCGCGCGCGAGCGGAGGAGGGACGCGGUGCCCGCCCGGCCCGGCCCGGCCCGCUCACCUCUCCGGCGCGCCUCGCCUCGCCUCGCCUCCCGCCCGGCGGCUGCAGCCCGGCACUGCGGAGGGGCUGCGCAAUGCCAGCGCCGCGGCCGUGACGUCGAGGCGCGGGAGCGGGGCCGGCCGGGCCUGGGCGGAGCGCCGUGCCGUGCCGUGCCGGGGAGGGGGCCGCCGAGGCCCGCAGCGGCGGCCUGGCGCGCGUCGCCCGGGCGCGGGAGCGGGCGAGGCCGGCCUACUUUUCACGCGCCCGCGGCGCUCGGCGGGAACAGCCCGGAGGGGGGGGGAGCGGCCGCCCCUCCGCAGAGCCGCGCUGGGCCUCCCCGGCCGAGGAAGCCGCCCCGAAGCGGCCCGAGUCUCCUGCGCCCGCCCCGCUCAGCCGCGGCUCGCCAGCCCCGGCAGGGAAGCCCGCGCGUCCCACCUUGCGGGGCAGUUGUGGCGGGGAGGGGGGAGCGGCGGCAUCCCGGCCGGGGCUCUUCCCAGCCGGAGCCGGGCUUCCCCCUGGGCCUUUCUGGACCUCCAGGGAAGCAGCCGCAAGAAGAGGGGCUGCCCCAGCCCAGCCCAGCCCAGCCCAGCGCGCUGCCUCCGCUCCCCGGGCUGGGGCAGCCUUACGGCGCCCUUGCGAGGAAGGCGAGCAGCUCCAGGACGGCCGGGCGGCGGCCUCGAGCCCUCGCCUGCUCCCGGGCAAGGCAGCCGGCCGGGCCGACUCUUCCCAGCCGUCAAACGGGGCUGCGGGCCCGGCAGGCGCUCGGCACAGGCUCAGACGCUGUCUGAUCCGCCGGCUGCGCCAGGCGCCUUCCGAGCGCAAGAGCUCGCCUCGGAGGGGCCCGGGGGCGCUCGGGCAGGGCGAGGGGUAGACUGCCUCGGGACGCGGAGGCUCCACCGCGCCCGGCCCUUCUCCGUGCGGUCCCGCCCAUCCGGGGUUUGCCGGCCUCCUCCGGCUUCGCCGCCGCGCUGCCUCCGGGGGCUGGUGGGGGUCGGCCGGCUGGCCGGCGUUGGGGGACGCGCGCCUCCCUCCCCGGCGGGCGCCUCACCUGCCGUCUCGCCCGGGGCGCUCCUCUGGCGCGCCGCCUCUCGUGCGUCCCCGGGGGCGCGGCGCGGCGCUCCGUGCUUCUCCUCCUCCCGGAGGCGGCCCCGCGAGGCUGGCGAGGAGGCCGCGGAGAGGCCCGGGCCCGCGGCUGCCGUGCUCCGCCUCCCCGCGCCAGAAGCCGAGCCACCGUCGCCAGGCCCGGCCUCCAGCGGGAAGCGAAGCGAAGGGCGGGGCGCCGCGGCGGGGCGCGCCCUCCUCGGGUAUGCCGGCGAUGCGCGGGGCGCCGCGAUGCCCAGCCAGACGCCCCCGAGCGCGGCUCACAGGCGCCGCCCGCCGCCGCCGCCGCCCGGCCGCCAGGGGGACUCCCCGGCUUCGGCCGCGCGCGCGCCCCGGCCGCCCCGGCGGGCGUCCUCCCUGCCGCCGGUCGCCGCUAACCCUCCGCCCGCGCCCCGGCAAAGAGGCGCCCGAGCGCGGAGGCCGGCGGGUCGUCGGCGGGAGCGCUGCGCCGGGCCUGGAGGCGCGAGGGUCGGCGGCUGGCCCGGCGCGCACUGCCUUCGCGGCGGCCUGAGCGGGCCUCCUGGCGCUCCGGGCCGGCUGUGCUCCCCGCAGCCCUGGGCGGUCGCCUCGGGGCCCCGGCGCAGAGGGCGGCCGGCUGCCUGGAUGGGCGCAGAAGCGCUUGCUGGGCGGCAGGCUCGCCUCACGGGCCCGGCAGGGCGCAGCAAGCCCAGGGGGAAGAGCCCCCUGACGGCCCCCUCCCCAGAGGCCGCCCGGCCGCGGCUCUUGCCCGAGAGCCCGGCAGCGCCCCGAGGGGCCUGGGCAGGGGCUUGCGCGCUCUCUCACUUGCUCCCUGCGCUUCCCCGGCAGGGCAGGGUGGGCAGGGCAGGGCAGAGCAGAGCCCAGCGGGGCUCCUGA